UGAGUUUAUGUCGUUUAUGACAACAAUAUAGUAUUUUUUGUAAACACUAAAUCUAAAUUAUAUAUUAUAGUACUAUAGUCUAAGCACCAAAAAUGGUCGAUUGGUUAUUCUUUUGAUCAUUAUAUUAUAAUUAAGCUUAAUGUUUAGUUAAAUUAAUUUAUAUAUUAUUGUUGUUAUUAUUAUUAUUAUUAUUAUUAUUUUUUUUAUUACUGUGUAUUUUAUUAAAUAUUAUUUAUUUUUUGUAAUAUUCAUACUUAAAUUAUUUUAACCGGAUUUUAAUACAUUUUACUUACUUGCCAUGGCUUCAGCAGAUCCAAUGGGUCUUACCAAAACUUGGGAACUUUCACUAUAUGAAUUGCACAGAUCUCCUCAAGAAGCUAUUACUGACAAUACCGAAAUUGCUGUAUCACCACGAAGUCUACAUAGUGAACUAAUGUGUCCAAUAUGUUUGGAUAUGUUGAAAAAAACAAUGACUACUAAAGAGUGUCUUCACAGAUUCUGUUCAGACUGUAUUGUGACAGCUCUUCGUUCAGGUAAUAAAGAAUGUCCUACUUGUCGUAAGAAACUAGUGUCUAAAAGGUCUCUUCGUCCUGAUCCAAACUUUGACCUUCUUAUAUCUAAGAUCUAUCCUAGCCGUGAUGAAUAUGAAGCACAUCAAACUAGAGUAUUGGAAAAGUUAAAUAAAAGUCACAGUCAGGCCAAUUUAGUUCAAUCAAUAAAUGAAGGUAUUAAAUUACAAACUCAAAAUCGACUACAACGAACCAAAAAGAACCAACACGAAGAACUAAAUGAAAGUAGCUCAUCAACUACUUCAAAACCUUCAAAUAGUUCUAGUCGAGAUAAUGUAACAAGAACAAUGGUACAAACAAAAGUGGCAAAGAAAAUGAAGUCUGUUAUGAUCUCAGAAAAAGAAGGACCUGCUUCAACUGUUGAUACCUCAGAUAUAACAGAAUGUGAUGGUACAUCAAAAGGUGUGUCAGUAGAUGAAAUAGAGCUAGUGUUCAAACCUCAUCCUACCGAAAUGGCCAGUGAUAAUCAAUUAAUCAGAGUUUUAAAAGAAAACUCUGUACGGUAUAUAAAAACAACAGCUAAUGCAACUGUUGAUCAUUUGAGUAAGUAUUUAGCCAUGCGAUUGACGUUAGAUCUUGGCCCUGAACUUCCGGAACGAGCUCUCAAUUUUUUGAUCUAUGUUGCGCCAACUGCAGAUCAAUUUGUUCCUCUUAAUGGCAAUCAAACACUUCGAAUUGUACACGAUAAAUAUUGGAAAGUUAACAAGCCGCUGGAAAUGUUUUACUCUUUUACUUGAAUUAUUUAUUUUUUGUUUCUUGUAACUAGUUAUAAGUUUAUUUACAAAUUUGUGUUUGUUAACAAAUAUCAAUAAAACUAAAAAUUUGAUACUUUAUAUAAUAUAAUUUACUUGGUAAUUAAAUUUAAAUCACUCUUUUCAAUUAGUAAAAUAAUUUUAGUCAUGUAGUUAAUAGUUUAAAUAUCAAAGCAUUAUUUAAAAAUAAUAAAUUAAGUUAUUUUUAAAAAUAUAUUUCUACUUUUUUAUAUCAUAAAUGUAUACAUUGAUUGGUUUUUAUUAUUGUUUAUAUACCUCAGUAUUUUUCUUUUUGUCAAAUAUUAACAUUUAAUAAUUAAGAGUGAAUAUUUGUAUAAUUACUUAAUUGUAUUUAAAUUAAGGUGUAGAAAUUAAUUAAGAAAUAGUAAGAAAUGUGUUUUAUUAUUUAAAAAAAAAAUCAUUGAUUCAAUAAUUGAUAAUGUUGUAUAACUCAUAAGCUAAUAUUUUAUAUUUAUUGAUUUGAAAUCAAAUAGUAGCUACUUUAUUAAAUUAAACUAAUUUACACAAAUGCAUGUUAUGUAUACAUAUGUUUAAUUAAAUUAAUAAGCUAUACAUUUAGUAAACAAAUUGUUGGUGUGCUUUAGAUUUGAUGGCUAAUAAAAAAAUUUUUAUUAAUA